UCGUCUGGUGUCUCACUUGUGUUUUAAACCAGCGCCGUUUGUCAGUCGCAUAAAAUGACAUUUAAAAAAAUCCUCGAGUCUUGUUCUCGACGCCUAAGAAAACUUAAGGACUAUGGCGCAACCAUUCAUCCGUCUCCUCCGUAUGAAUUCAUGUGUCAGGUUGGAGAUCCUGUCCUGCGAAGCCGCGCAGAGGCAGUCGACCCGGCAAAGGUCACGAGCGAUGAAAUUCAAAAGAUAAUUAAUGUAAUGCGGAUUGUCAUGAAGAACAGUUACUCUGCGGGCAUAUCAGCUCCUCAAGUAGGUUGUCCAUUGAGGAUUAUAAUGAUGGAGUUUCCCAUAAAAUACAUGAAGCUGGCCCAAGCAGAAGAAGCCAAGACACGCGUUUACCAGCCUUUUCCACUAAAGGUGUUCGUCAAUCCUGUGAUGGAAGUUAUUAACAGCCAGAGGCUCGUAUUCCCCGAAGGCUGCGAGAGCAUCCGAGGUUUCACUGCAGAUGUGCCGAGAUACUAUGAAGUUAAGGUUUCAGGUCUGAAUGAACAAGGGGAGGCCCACGAAUGGCAGGUGUAUGGAUGGCCAGCUAGAAUCGUUCAGCAUGAGAUGGACCACCUUGAAGGCAACCUUUUUAUUGAUCUCAUGGACUCACGGACGUUCCACUUCAACUACUGGCAUCUAAUCAAAAAGCUGCCUAAGUCAAGACUGAGACAGUGAUGUUAUGUGCUUUUAGGGCAACUUUUGAAAAAUGUGAUGAAGCAUUUUUCCAUUAAACAAUGUUUAUUUAAAAAUAA